UUGCAGCCCGUGCAAUCGGAGCACAUAUUACCGCUGAGCACACGUUCUUCCUGACAGCGCGAGUGUAGGCUACUUCAGACUCUAGAGGUCUCCAUCCUUCAGCAUCCACACAUAGAGCGCUGUGCAUUCUUCUGCAUCGGCAUCUCGGAGAGAGAGAGAGAGAGAGAGAGAGAGAGAGAGAGAGAGAGAGAGAGAGAGAGAGAGAGAGAGAUGGACACCGCGCAACCUGAGACGCGCGUCCUCCGUCAGAGCGAACAGGAACUUUGAUGAUUUGACGGUGAAACCGAUGGAAACGUCCAGGAGAUGAUGUUCCUGUCCUUGAUGAUUGAUUCGUCUUUCAGAAUGUUCAGCUAUGCUGUCCUUGUGCUCGUCUCCUUGUAGAUCUGAUCCUUAUUUCUUAUCAAGUACUUCUGCUCGACUACAGCUUUUUGUGAUUGAACACUUGGGUCCGUCUGAAGAAUAGCGAAGGAACCAGGUCGCAUUGUUUCCAGUCUCCUUAUUAUAAAGGACUUCCAGAUCAUACAGGAUCCGCGAUGUCUGCCACAUACCGCUCCUUAUUCCUUUUGCUGGUGAGCUUGCUCUCGGCCAGGGCUCAAACUGAGAUGAAGCGGGUUGUCGGGGACAAUGCCACAUUGCCUUGCCAUCACCAGUUCUGGCAGUCGAACGGGCAGACACUGGACAUUGAAUGGCUUCUGCAGAAACCCAACGUCAAACAGCGUGUGAUUAUCACAUUCUUCAACAAUGAGGUAUACACUAACGACAACCAUGCCAGUCGCCUGUCCUUUGCGGGCGACUACCUGAAUGGAGACGCCUCUCUCCUGAUCAGUGAUUUACAGCUGACUGACUCUGGAGAGUACCACUGCAAGGUCAAGACCGGAGGCAAAUACCACUGGAGCCAAGUCAACCUUAUUGUGCUGGUGAAACCCUCUAAGCCCAGAUGCUGGAUGGAGGGCAGGCUGCUGGAAGGCAGUGAUGUGAAGCUCAGCUGUAAGUCUUCAGAUGGAUCUGACCCCAUCCACUACAAAUGGGAGCGAGUGCUAGAUAAGGGCAAGAGUGUUGGAAAACUACCACCCCUCGCCCUGAUCGAUCUGAAGAAUCCAGAGAUCGUGACCUUGAGAAACCUAACACAGGACAGCUCAGGGGUCUACAAGUGCACUGCCAGCAAUGAUGUAGGAGAGGAGAACUGCAUCAUCGAGGUCACAAUGCAAUAUGUGCGGGGAAUGGGCGUGGUGGCUGGUGCAGUGGUGGGCGUCUCCUUUGGCGUUUUGCUCCUCAUUCUCAUCAUCUGGCUCGUCUUCCGCAAGAAAGAAAAAAAGAAAUAUGAGGAGGAGGAGACACCUAAUGAGAUCAGGGAGGAUGCAGAAGCUCCUAAAGCCAAGCUGGUGAAGCCCAACUCCCUCUCCUCGUCUCGCUCUGGCAGCUCCCGCUCCGGUGCUUCCUCUACACAAUCCAUGGUGCAUAACAGCGCCCCUCGAAGCCAACGCCCACGGCCACCUGCUGUCACCACUCUCAAGGAGAAUGGACAGCCCCAUGGUUUCCCCCAGUCUCCCCCGUCCUACACACAGGCAGUGCCCAAGACCCCAGAACCCCCUGCCACCCCAAAAUUCAGACCCCCAAACCCUCCAGUGGGCUUGACCAUCCCGACGGGAGUCAUGGCACCUGCCCAAAGUAAAGCCUUUCAGACAGUGUAGAGAGAAGUGUAAAGGAAACACAGCCUGGUGCGGGCCUCAAUAUGGGAAACCCACAGUGACUCUUCUAAAAGUUGCAACUAAAAUUGAAAGUAAAACAAAAAAACACUAAAAAUAAAUAAAUAAAAGCAUAAUUAAAUUAUGUAAGUUGAAAUGAAAUCAAUCAUAUUAAACCUAAAAGUUGAAUGCAUAUUUACAAGGGAAAAUACAAAGUGCUUGCCCCCUUCUGAAGUAUUACUUCUUUUUUGGAUCUCUUGGCACAGACUGACCUAUUUCAUUACAUUAUUAUUUUUUCUUUGUCUUUUUAAACUUACGAAGGCUUUGGAAGCAUUGUGGGCAGUGAGGUGGAAAGAUUUCACCUAGUGCAGUUUAUUUAUUUUUUGAAUCAGAGGCUAAAGAACCAAGGGCACGCUGGGUUUAAGAAGCACUGAUGGAGAGGGGUUGAAGGAACAGCCAACUACACCUUUAAAGAGAAAUGAACAAUAUAAUCUGAGAGCCUGUUGAAAGAGAGUGGACAUCUCUGGGAAGAUGGAUUGUUUCUGAAGAUAUUCAGUCCAUCUCAUUCAAAAUGUUCCCAUUCAUACUAUCCCAAAUGCAAUGCAAACAUCACCCCUGGCCUCACCAGACAUGAAAAUCUAAUGCAAUCAUAUUAUUAGCUUAACAACUCACCAAGAAGAAGAAAACAGAUAUUUUGAAAGGAUGACUUCCUGAUGGACAUUCCAGCACACAGAGACCUAAAUGACACACAUAUGAGAUUUGGCAGCACAGAGAGACUAUUAGGGUUAAGUUAUUGUUUAACAUACUUUGGGGCAAAUUCACAAAAUUGUCAGGCCACUAUUGUGUGCAAUAUUUUAACGAAUAAAACUUGUCAUUUAAUAAGUGCCCACAAUACAGUUUAACCAGGUACUAUCUGCUCUGGUGUAGCUCUGAACCAUUUAAUUAAGUCAAAAAGCAGAUUUACACGCACACCAAUAUGCUGAUAUAUACCAAGAAUCAGCUUACUUCAAAAAAUCUAACACUGCAAGAAAACCGCGUUUACAUGAGACUUGAUAUCAUUUAAUUAUUCUCUGCUUUUGAUGUAAAAAGCAUGUGCACAACACUCACAACACAUUGGAUAAGUCACUAAGAAUGCUGCUAAAGGUGUUUAUAUGCAACAUGAAAUCGGGGUAAUGGGCAGAAAUCUAGGUUUGAUCAUUUUUUGCUUAAACCCAUUAUAACCUCACCCAGAUAAAGGAAUGCCGUUAAGGCGUUUACAUGACUACACACGUUGUUGGCUUAUUAAGCAUAAUCAGUACAAGAUUGUGCAUGUAAACACAGUCACUAUCAUACUUUUCAGCGCAAAAGCGAUUCACAAAACUCUUAACGUUGCGCUAUUACCGCCCGCGGAAAGCAGGCAGCAACCUUUUUUUUUAUUUUGUUUUUGCGAUCAUGGCUGCAAUGAUUCAUCAAAUGGUGGACAUGAGCAUUAUAACUUGCCUAUAUUCCAAUGUGCCGUGCAGUCAAGUGCACUUUUAUAAUUUAAAAAGUCGAAUUAGUUGCCUGGAUCACAGUGGUGGAGCGAUGCUGUACAGUCCAAGUAUCAUGUUAGUCUGCUGCAUGUUCAAAUUGCACCAUGAAAAUUGCAUUCAGCAAAACAUUUCAGACCUGUUUGCACCAUUACCUGAUUUGCAUAAUUCCUUUAGUAAAUUGGUUGAUUAAACAACACAAACAGCAUGUGCAAAUAAAUUAUGCUAUCAGUGGGCGCAAUACAUUCUUAGUGAAUUCCCCCCUGUGUGUCAACUGCUCAACACUGUUACACACUAAUAUGAAUAUUUUCAGUUAAACCUGUGUAGGUCUGUGCCAAAGAGACUAUGGUCUGGGUUCGGAUGUCAUCCUCACCACUUGAUGAACAGCUAUGCUUCAAUUUUUAUUACAUACUGAUAACAGUAUAUUUGCUAAGCUUUAUCUACAAUGGUACUGAAACCAAAAUCUGUCAUGAAUACUAUGAAUGUGUAUAAGACAAAGAUAGUUAUUGCUUUUAUUUAUUUUUUCUUUCUUUUCUAGAAUACCCAGUGGUACUACAUGAUAGCAUAUGAGGCACAAGUAACUUUUAAAUAUAAUCUCACAGUACUGUGGAUAAGUAAUCAAAAGGUAAUGAUAUAACAGGGACUUAUGUACAGAGCGGGUGUGAACGUGUGCAACUUAAUGCGUGUGUUGUUGUGUGUGCUGCAGGUGCAAAUUUGUGUGCGCACCAAGGUACUCUCCUUCUAGUUUGUGUAAUAACAACUGGCGGUCUGAACCCUGUUGAAAAGACCAGCUUACACCAGCAUGAAUUUCAAUGCUGUUUCAAGCUGGUUUGGUCCUGGUCUAGCUGGUGGACCAUCAUAGCCAACAUCCAAAACACAACACAUGCUGGUGUUUUCAGCAGGGAAGAUGGCUGCCUCUUUGUGCCAGUCGCCUCACGGCUUCCUCCAUCGAGCACUGUCAAAACCCUCUCCAUUAGUGGUAUCUCUACACCCCCGGGAAGACCUUGUUUGGUGCUUUUGUGAGUUUUGAAAUGGACAAGUUGAUUGUUUUGUGUGCCUUCACAGUGUGUUUUUCCCCUGAGAUUUUUUUUCCUGCUCAUUCCUUCUUCACAAUGUACCAGACGAAAAAUGGAUGUGUCUUGGUAGCCAUGUGUAAAGUGGCCCCUUUGAAGUCCCGUCAGAGGAAGGAGAAUGUUCUGGCACAAAGAGGUAGUCAAACGCUGCCACACAAAUAAUGUACACUCUAUAGUCAUGAUGCUGUUUUAUAUUGUACAUACAGAUAUAUAUAUGCACACAAUAUCCUUUAAGUUAUCGGUUGACAAUUGGAGUUAUAGGCCAUAAUAAAGAUGUAGAUGAGGUAUUAUGCAUUUUCAGAGAGUAAUAAUUGGUCAUUGUACCCCCUAACCUGCUAAGCUUCCUUUAAUAAUUAGAAUAAUUUCCUUUUAAAUGGCUACUUAUAUAUCUGCCAUUGAUGGACCUUAAAAAAAGUUUAAGAGAGGAAAAGCCAUAAGCAGGCCAAGAUGAAAUCUGCACCUUUUUUCACAUUAUUUUCUGUUCUGCUUUUGGGGAGAAAUACGUGGAAUGGAUUUAAACAGGAUUCAAGUCCAUUCCUGUCAGCUACGUGUUGCAAGCUGAUUGGUCUUUUGAACAUGCUGUUGGCCAAUCGGCUCACAUACUCCAUGGCCCAAGCUGAUAGAUUUUUUGACAUGUAAUCUGUUAGCCAAUCAACCUGUGUACUCUCUCUUUAUCUAACAUUAAAUUUGCCUCAGUUGUUUGGAGGUAAACUGGUCUCAGUAUGGCCCACUUCGAGAGUUUUCUCUCUUAAUGUCUAGAGCUAAAGGGAUUAGACAUGCAGCAGCAUGUCUUUUGCAUGUUACAGUAUAGUGGUAGCAAGUCUUCGUAAUUGCUCUGCAGCAGCAUAAGCAGAUCUAGUUGACCAAGACCAAACCUUCCAACUUGUCAUAUCCAUUAUAACACCUUAUAUCUAUUCUGAGUGUUGUCAUGACUGAAAUGGCUAAAUGUGUUAAACAUUGCUGGUAGUAAUUAAGUCUUAUUGCCAUCUGAAAGCAUUAAAAUAUUUCAUAAACAAGUAUGCUAGGGGAUGGGAAUGAUGGGUGUUUGAAUAUUUGUGUAAAUCUGCAUGCAGACUCUGUGUGGGUCUAGUCAUUAUAUGUGUGGAAGCAAGUAAAUUACACAAUUACCCAAAUGUCCUUCCUCCAACAGCCUUUUAGGUUUUCAGGAUUUAGAUUUUUAUUACUACCAGUCAUUUCCACAAGCACAUGUGCCAAGUAGAAGACACAUUGUUCCUCAUUCUUAUUGGGUUACGGUAAUGAUUGACACUGUAAUGUAGCCGAGUGCUGCUCAUGCCCUGAUUCAAUGGCUUCCCGUUACCUGCCCCUAUGAUUGUAUUCGCUAGACACACACACACACACACACACACACACACACACACACACACACACACACUGGUGCGGCUAUCCUUAUGAGGACUCUCCAUAGACAUAAUGAUUUUUAUACUGUACAGACUAUAGAUUCUGCCCCUACCCCUAAACCUAACCCUCACAAAAAACUUUCUGCAUUUUUACAUUUAAAAAAAAACAUUGUUUAGUAUGUUUUUUUAAGCGAUUUGAAUUAUGGGACACUAGAAAUGUCCUCAUAAACACAUUAAUAGCAUAAUUCCCUUUUAAUUACCAGUUUGUAACCUAAACAUUUUUUUUCCUCGUAAACCACCCAAACCCACCCACACACACACACACACACACUAUACACUGCUUCCCAUGGGUACACAUACACAAGAAGGCUAACACAACCUCAUAAAAAAGACACUCUCUCUAGAGCCACGAGGCAUUGUAGGCAGUAUUGCUGGGUGAACUGUUGUCAGUAAGUGUGAUGAAUGGGCUGUCACCCAGAGUGGGUAGUGAAUGAUGGGAGUCGUGAGCGGAACACAGUCAGAGUUCUAAGGGUCCAAACCCCACCAAUACCCUUACCCCUAAAUCAGGAACCAAGAUGAUGUAUGUGCAGGUGUAUGGAAUUACCUAGAUGCUCUUCAAGUACCCCUUGUAUUGGGUGAUCACUAAAUGGCUCUAACAUUGUAACAGUAACUCUUUUCAUUCAAUUGUUAAAACAUUGGUUCUGUUCCCAAACCUAGUGAGGUGCCUUGCUAUCUACUGCCUACAUAGGCAGCUGGCAUAAGGCAGCAUGAAAAUGGAAGUAAAGUUGGAACACUUUGAACUUGCAUGAACUAGCACCUUUAUUGGAUUCGUUUGUUAAAUAACAUUGUCAAUUGUGAUAACACUUUCCGGUUUAAUGGAAUUAAAUGCAGUUGUCAGUCCCAAACACUGACUGUGUGAACAUAGACUUAUAAGCAUAAAAUACACACUACUAUUGGAUAAAACUGUAAAUGCUUUAUUAUAUGAACUAAUUUGUAUUUACACUUUUCAGCACUGAAUAAAGUUUUGUAAAUUUCUCUCACUUCGUCCACCAUCUUGAAUGGAUUUUUCGUUAGAGAGCAUCAUAACUGUACUACCAACCUUUUAGAACAGCCUUCACUUUGUAUUGCACCUAUUAUGGGCCACAGUGCUGCCUACUUUGACAGUUCCCUAGUUUUUGUAACAGAGCCAUUGCCAUAUGUUUAUUUUUGCCCUUUUAGUGUUUUAGGACAUUGCAAUUAAAAAAAAAAAAAAGUUCGGCCCACUCUAUUGCCAGUAAGCCAGUAAAGCUGAUUGAAAUCAUGCUGUUCGCCUUCCACUGAUCUGCUCCUUUGCUCUGGCAAUUUUUCAUUUUAGUUCGUUUAUAAGCUCUCUCCAGAAUCUCCUCUACACCCAGUAAGACAACCCGGUCCACUUUCUCACACAAUUGAUCUUUAGUGGCGUUUAUUUCAACACUGCAAAAGAGCUGUUGUGGUAUUUAAGAACCACCAGUGUACCCUCUCCCAUAGCUGCCAAUACAUUCUGAUGUAGUGCUCUCAUGUCAAGGACAUUCUGUUUUGAAUGGUAAUUUAAGACUGGGAAAUAGUUAAGGUCUAUCUGCAAUGUGUUUUUGUAAUACCGCUCUAAUUUAUAAGUUCACGACUGUCUAUGUAGCCUCUAACCGAUCAUUGUUACCCAACACGGUUGUGAUGAAAAUAAUGUUGGAUGUCCUUCGACGACUCUUAGAAAAUGUAGUGGUGUGUGUUACUUUGAGGGUGUAAAAAGGGAAUUAUUUUCCAUUGGAAAAGCAAAGGAACUGCAUGUCAUGGCCUACAGGUCAGAUAUUGAGAAUGCUUCGCUUCUGUGUUCAUACCUGUAAUUGGCUGAAUAUGUAAGUGUAAAUAUGACCGACAUCCUCUCUGUAAGUUUGUCUUGCAUUGUUUGUUUUGCAUUGCUUUUUUAACAUUUGCUAUGAUUUCCUCUAUUUUCUUGAGGGUUUUGUUUUGUUUGUUUUUGAAUGUGGGGAAUUGGGCCCUGUAUUUGCCUGAGAUUCCCCUUCUGGUAUGAUGGAAGAGAAAAUACACAUGAUCAUUCUUUUAUUAUUAUUUUUUUUGUUGUUGUUGUUGUUGUUGUUGCGCUUAUUUUCAGUUUUGUAAACCAGAUUGUUCAUUUGGAAGAAGAUUAAUUCUUGUAAAUAUGUCCCUCUACAUUAAAAAAAAAAAAAAAAAAAAAAAAAAAAAAGUAUAUUUUUACGGACUCUGAGUUAUUAAUACUUUAUUUGCAAAUAAAAUACUCAAUGACAAGUUAUUUGGCGGCCCUGUUGUUUUAUUAGUCUAAAGCAAAUGUGCAUUUGUGUAAAUGGAUAUGUAGAUUGAAAGAAUAUUUAUGAUGUUACAAUAUAUCAUGAGCAAUGGAGUGGAAAUUGUGAUUAAAAAAAGAGGAGUAAUUCAAAUAUUAUUCAAAACACAAAUUAUUGUAAUUUGAUUCGACUUAUUAUGUAGACACAGCAAAAUGAGGGAAAUAAGUGACAUCAUUAGACAAUGAUAAUGUGCCCACACUCCAGUUUUAUGCAUCCCUGCUUCAGCAAAUUAUCAUUUAGGUAAAUUAUGAUAUUUGCUUGGUUGUAAUUUGACUUUUGAAGCACACAUUUUUUCAAUUUUACAGGAAACGUUUCAUCAGCAGACAGUUUAAGGAAUAGAGAGGUCAUAUGUCCAUCUAACAACUAUUACAGUAUCAACUCAAUCAUAUUUGCAGCAAAAUAGCAUUAAAAAAAUU